AGAACCGAAAACGAGACUCCAGGCAUCUUAAUUCGUUCACGUCCCCCGAGCCAACAUCGACAGAAAUGGCGACCCAGCAGAGCAUGCCCUUUAUAAAGAAUCUCGCCUCGAGCGACCGCAAAAUCCGCACCUCGGCCCUCUCGUCGUUGCGUGCCUUCCUUUCUGCCCGACAAGUCGCCUCGGCGCUCACGCCGCUCGACAUCCUCAAACUCUGGAAGGGCCUCUUCUACGCGCUGUGGAUGUGUGACCGGGCCAUUCCGCAACAGAACCUCUGCAACGAGCUGGCCGACCUCAUCUAUGUGCUUCCGCGCGAAGCCGCCGCGCCCUGGCUCCGCGGUUUCUGGGCCACCAUGUCGCGUGAAUGGACGGGCAUCGACGUGCUGCGGAUGGAGAAAUUCCUGCUGCUCGUGAGAAGGGUGGUCGGGGCUGGGUUCAAGUGGAUGCGGAAGGACGGCGGGAGCGCGGCCAAGGGCGGCUCGGCUUGGGAUGCGAGCAGGGUGGACGACGUGCUGGGCCUGCUGGGCGAGUGGCCGUUUGCGCUUGAGGAGGAGGCGCGGAUAGAGCAGACCUUGGAGGGGGACGGCCAAAUAUCACAGAAGAUUGCUCAGGCGACAACGAGCCCGGCUGUGCGGGCCAGAUCAAAAGAAUCGCUUGCCGACGAUCGCCUCCCAGCGAAUAGGAAACCAAGGGGGGAGGCUCGAGAGAAUGGAAAUACGGAAGAAGAUCAGGGGGACGGUGGAAGCUGGGACGGAUUUGAUGAUUGA